GAAAUCAGCAUCCAAAUUGGAGCUUGCAGAAGGGGAAAGCUUAGACCUUGCUUGAAGAUGGAAAGUUUCCAAACUCCAGAAGAGCAGGUAGAAGAGAGGACUGGCCACCUUCUUGGCUCCACCCACACCUGGGCACAAUCCCUUCUUGCUACACCUACAGAGGGAAAGCUAUAUAUAUGUAUAUGUCUGCAUGGCCCCAACAUUUGGACAAUCCUUUUAUAUCUUUGGCCCUAUGAUUGCCAGUUCACCAGCUCCAGCCCAGCCAUGAGGAAAGAAGUUUGCACCGUUGUUUUUCUCCGAGCCGUCUUCACCGAGUUCUUGGCAACAAUGAUUUUUGUGUUCUUUGGUUUGGGCUCAGCCCUGAAGUGGCCAUCAGCCUUGCCAAGUGUCCUUCAGAUUUCCCUGGCAUUUGGCUUGGCAAUUGGCACAAUGGUACAGACCUUUGGUCACAUCAGUGGUGGCCAUAUCAACCCAGCAGUGACCAUCGCUUUCUUCGUUGGAAACCAGAUCUCUUUUCUCCGGACAUUGUUUUACAUUGUAGCUCAGCUGCUGGGGGCCAUUGCUGGUGCAGGCAUCCUUUACGGAGUGACCCCCACCAACACCCGUGGUAAUCUGGCAGCCAAUGGGCUUAGCAACAACACAACAGCAGGUCAGGCUGUGGUAGUGGAGAUUAUCCUGACUUUCCAGCUUGUCUUCUGCAUUUUUGCCUCAACUGACAACCGUCGAAAUGACAAUGUGGGAUCCCCAUCUCUGUCCAUUGGACUGUCAGUCACCCUCGGCCAUCUAGUGGGGAUCUAUUUUACUGGCUGCUCUAUGAAUCCUGCCAGGUCUUUGGGACCUGCAGUCGUCAUGAAGAGAUUUACCUCUGCUCAUUGGGUGUUCUGGGUUGGACCCAUUUCUGGAGCCAUUCUAGCUUCUGUAUUGUACAACUACGUACUGCUUCCUCACCCAAUGAAUAUGUCUGAAAGGGUGGCCAUCAUCAAAGGUACUUACGAGUCAGAGGAAGAGUGGGAAGAGAAAGAGAAAAGCAUGGAAAUGUCUUCUCCAUAAACAAAAGCAAUCAGAAGGAGAGAAGGAACCUGAUGGCUUGCAUGACAAUAAACACUCACUGUAUACCUUGUAAGCCCAAGAAAUUUCCCCCAGUGCCCAGGACCUGAAGAGGGAAUGGGAAGAGUUUACUUGCCUAAAAUAACUCUUGAACCCACGGUUGCAUGUAUGUGAGUGCAUGAGAAAACGUGGCUCAUUCAAACAGCAAAGCUAGACAAGGACAGUACCUUAACCUCCUGGGGCUGCAAAAACCUGGAUGUGCUCCAGGACCAUUCUAUCCACAUUUCUAUUUUUUACAACAGGGAACAGUCUUGUCAUUUGUUUAGAUAUUGACAUUUGACUUCAUGACAGAAGUCCAGAAUUUGUCAUUACAGGUUUAUUAAUAUGCUCCAGGCUCGGGGGGGGGGGACACAGUGGCUUGAGCUCAUCUCCUUUAUACACCAAUAUUUGUCACUUGUUUUGGGAAAUGGGUAGGAUGACUUUAAUCUUAAUAUUUAAGACAGCCUAAAUAUGGAGCAAAACCCUGAGCUGAGGGCAGUUAUGGUUGGCUUGUGAAAGAAGGAAAAACUGACAGCAGCUUUGCACUGAAACCUAUGAGGAUUUGUUGGCGGUCCCACAAAGCCAAAUCUUUUGAAAAGAAGGUUCUGCUUUAAGAUCCAUAAAUGGCCUUCUUUUUAUGAAGUGUCAGGGAAAGCAAGUUUCCUCAGGAACUGCCUGCAGCUAUUCCCUUCCUAAGAUGAUUUCAGGGCUCAAAGGAAAUACAGUACAUCAAAGUUUCUUGUUUUGGCUUAAUUUCCAUCUCACAUAGCUUCCAAGAAGCAACGGAGAGAAAUUCUUUGAGGGUUAUUCAGUAAAGCUCAGUCUGUCUCCCGUAGCCAUUUAGGUUAUUUUUUUUUUUAUUGAAUUUUUUCAAAAAUUUUACAGAUAAACAUCCACCCCC